ACUGUGCGGAGUUGUGAGGUUAGUGUAGCUGGUGACAGCAAAGCUUAAUCCUCUGACCUUCCUUGAAUACAGACCGUGCAUCAGUGUUUUUCAUCUCUCUUCAUCGCUCCUUCAGGAAGGUCCAGCAACUUCUGCACCUUCGUUUGGAGAGCAGAAAGGUGAGAGAAAACAUGCCAUGUCUGCAUACGGAGUCCCUGCCCUCUCUGCCUGCUGAAGGGAGGUAUGGAGUCACCUCAGCCCGCAGGGGCUCUCAGGGGUCCAGAUCCAAGUCAGCUAAAAAGGGGAAGAAUGGAGAGAAGGGUUCAUGUGUGGAGAGGAAUGACAGAGUGAAAAAACAGAGUGUCAUCACCAGUGCUGGAUGGUUCUUCUCACCUCUCUGGACCCCAGGGGCCAAAACCCAGAGACUGGGAUUCAGGAUGGGAAAGGAAAGCGAGAAAGUGAAGGCAUGGCUGGAUGAUCAUUCAGAUUCUGCCAGAUCUUACUUUAGCAGAUCCUCUAGACAUUGGAUGCAUGGCUGUGUAGAAAGACCCCAAGCUGCCCAAACCCUCAUAACUGAGCCAAGAUCUAGGUUGACUAUUCUUGGCAGACGCAGGGUUUCCCACCCCCUGUGUGGGCCCUCUCGAGGACAUGUGCACCCUGCCACAAUGGAAAGACCACACUCCUGCCUUUCUGUCCAUCAGAUCGAUGAUCCUGUGUGUCUGGAUCGGGCCGGGGGUCGUUCUCCUCGAUCACUGCAGUCUACAUACUUUCCAUUUUCACCUUGUGUGUCAAGGUCAAAGUGUUUGCCACAUUCUCGGAGCUCCCCAAGACCAGCAGGACAGUGUAAAAGAGGCGAGUCCUGUAACUUCAUGAUGCGACUCUUUGGUGGUCUGAUUAGACCUCUACAGAACAAAAUCAUCUGUCAGAUCCUACAGCACCUUUCUGAGAUCACUCAGGCUCAGCGCUGCUGUCUCUCCAUGACAACGGUGGACAAAACAGGUGUAAAGUGUUUGGGUCCUCUCUUCCAAUCAGAUGAGGAGUCUGUCUACGGUUACACACAGGCAGAGUGGGACAAGUGCAUUAUGGGAUACGUGGUCAGCACUGGGAGGCCACUUAACAUCAGCGAUGCCCGUGAGGAUCCAAGAUUUCAGACUGAACUGUACGAGAGGGAAGAGGACAGACCCAAAAGUAUUCUAAGUGUGCCUAUCCUGAACCACAAAAAGGAGGUUAUAGGUGUUGUCAUGGCUGUAAACAAAAGCAGGCCAGGCACAUGUGUAGGCAGCUUUUUCUCAGAACAAGAUGAGAAAGUGCUGUCGUCACACAUGGUGUUGUUCGGACUGAUCCUGGAAAACAGCCAACUGUGUGAAAGUUCUGAACAAGAGAGCAAACGCAACCAGGUACUUUUGGAAUUGGCCCAACUGGUGUCACAUGACUACCCCUCUGUGGAUGACAUGCUCAGCAAACUGGCUGCUGUCAUCCUGUCAAUUACAAAAGCACAAUUCUGUACUGUUUUCAUCUCAGACGACAGCUCCACGGGGCCUUUCUCAAAGAUGGUCCAUAUAGAGCAUAAAGAAAGCAAUUGCUCUGACCAGUGUUCUACAAGGGAUUAUGACAGCAAUGGCAUCAGCUACAUGUAUGCCAUGCAUGUGCGAAACUCCAUGGAGACGCUGAACAUUAUCAACAGACCUGCCCAGAUUUCUAAUGUCUCUCAGAUCAGGAGUUUGAUCGGCACACCUCUGAGAGGCAAACAGAGAGAUAAUGUCAUAGGUGUGUGCCAGCUAGUCAAUAAAAUGGUUUUCACUGAGACAGAAGUUUUUAGUCGAGCUGAUGAGCACCUUCUGGAGGACUUUGCGGUGUACUGUGCUCUAGGAUUACAAAAGUUCAAUGCGCAGCAGAUGGCAGAUAAAACCAGAGCAAAGCUGGCUGUGACUAAAGAGGUCUUAUCUUAUCAAAUCUCUGCUUCACAAAAGGAAAUUGAUGCAUUGGAGGAGGCCGUCAUCCCAUCAGCAGAUGCCCUCUGUUUACUGGAUUUUGGCUUCAGUGAUUUUGAUAUGUCCCAGAUUGCCAUGACUCAGGCCGUUGUGCGCAUGUUCCUGGAUCUCAAUUUGCCCCAGGAUUUCAGUGUUGACUACAAGACCCUGUGUCAGUGGGUUUUGAGCGUACAGAAGUGCUACAGAAGCAAUGUAGUCUAUCAUAACUGGAGUCACGCAUUGCGCACAGCCCAGUGUAUGUUUGCCAUGCUGCAGACAAAGGAACUAAAGAGUAAUUUAAGCAGUCUGGAGGUUCUUGCUCUCAUGAUUGCCAGUCUGUGUCAUGAUCUGGACCACAGAGGAGUAAAUAACUCUUACAUAGAGAGGAGUAACCAGCCACUGGCACAACUGUAUGGUCACUCGUCUCUGGAGCACCAUCAUUAUGACAUGUGUCUUCUCAUUCUCAACAAUCCCGACAGUCAGAUGCUCAGCUCGCUCUCAUUGAAUGAAUACAGGGCCUGUGUGCAGAUGAUUGAGAAGAACAUUCUUGCAACAGACCUUGCUAUCUACAUAGAGAAGAGAACUAAGUUCUUUAAACUUGCUCAGAGUAACAGCUGUCUUUGGACAGACGAAGGACACAGAGAACUGCUUAGGUCAAUGCUAAUGACAGCAAGUGACAUAUGUGCAAUAACCAAACCAUGGCCAGUUCAGAAGCGGAUUGCUGAACUUGUAGCGACAGAAUUUUAUGCACAAGGAGAUAGAGAAAAGUAUGAAUUAAAUAUUCAGCCAAUGCACGUGAUGGACCGUGAAAACUCCACUCGUUUACCUCACAUGCAGGUUGACUAUAUUGAUGGGAUUUGCUCUCCGCUGUAUGAGGCCCUGGCCAGCAUUUGUGAGUCCUGGUCACCUCUAAAAGAAGGCUGCAGAAGGAACAGAAAACAUUGGCAACAGCUGGCAGAUGGCGGAGAGGAAGAAGAAAGGAUAAAAAUGAAAGGAAAAACAGAUGGAGAAAGGGAAGAAGCAAGUUAAAACUAUGUAAACUCUUGGUGAACCACUUAUAGAGUGGACCAGCAAGACUCAAAGUAUUAUCUGAUAUUCAGAUUAUUACUUUAUAUGAUGAAAUUAAAGCCAUUAAGCAUGAUAGCAAGAUAUGAUUUAUAGCCCUCACUCUCUGGCUGCCAGUCAACACUAAAGCAAAGAAAACAAGGAAAAAGAAGAAGAAUUUAACAAAAUAGUUCAAUAAUAUGAAAGAGAUGUGAUUAAAUACACACUCUUGCAUUGUUGGUUUACCUAUAUCAACGCUGGUAUACCGUAGUCCAAAACAACCGGUCAUGCCCAUCUAUACUUGCCAUUCUUGAUUUUCAAAGGAGCCACAGAAUUUACGUGAGAAAUAUCAAAAAUUACUCAAGAGUAGUUAUUGGUUGGCUUUGUCACACUAGUGAAUCAUUACUACAUAAUUUUAUAGUUAAUUAAUUUUAAAUCAAAACACAUGUCAGCAUUUUGUGUUAAAGGGAUAGUUCACCCAA